AUGCGAACAAGGACACACAGCAAACCUCAACUACCCCAAGUCAGUCCAUCUCUCACUCGCGCCACCCGAUCAACCAACAACUUCUCUCCCGACAAGAUGAACUCGACAAAUAUGCCAAAAGGCCCCAACUAUGCCGAAACAGAUCCUGUCUCUCUGAGAUGGAUCAACGACCGCACCUUUGCUGUCUCUGGUAUCGAUCAGGAAAUACUCGAAACUUAUGAAGCAGAGGACCAAGCGAGAAGCUUCAACAAACCUCAAAGUCCUGAAAAUCGUCGUGCUGCCCGAAGGGCUCGUCGUGAAAGUGCACAUGCAGCUAUCUUUUUCACUGGAUUGUCGUCUAGCCAGAAUGGACAGACAAAAAAGAAGCCCGAGUCCAACGAGAGCACAGGCCAGCUUGUAGCCGAAUCACAGGAGACUGCCUCUUUCAAUCGUCCUCAGACCGUCUCUUUCAAUGGUAACGGAGACAACACGGCAUCAGAUAUUGACGAUAUCGACAAGGAUGAUGAUGAUGCCGAUGACGAUGAUCAUAUCUCGAACAACUUCCAGCCCCUUCCUCGAGGCAUCACGUUGUCGAAACGCGGAGGCACUGUGAAGCGACGACGACGAGGUGGUGCUCAGUCAGCAUCACGACAGCCUUCUCGUGAGCCUUCACCAGAGCGGCCUCUUCUAGCGCCAGAGGAUGAUGUUGUCAGUGAUACCGAUCUACCGUCACCAUUCACCGAUGAGAUAUUCGAAGAUCCGAAUCUACCAGACGAUGAAGCUCAAGCUCUGUACAAUAAACUCUUCGAACCAAUGACACAACCCGAAGCCUUCAUCGGGCCCCUAACCAAAUUUCUGCCUGGCCAACGAACUACCGACAACUUGUAUGUACUGGCCGCAAACACAGCAGCGGCAUUACGUGCAUGGCAAGACGAAUAUCUCGAGCUUGAAAAGAUCACUGCGCCUCAUGCCGCCAUCCCCCGAAAAGCCGCAACUGGUCAGCGCAAUCCCAUUGACUAUAUGAUAUACGAAGACCAGAAGGAAGCCGAGUUGUACGACUAUGUGUUUGAUGCGAAGAAAGUCGGUAUGCAAGAUCCGAUCGCGCAGAAAGUCGUUAGAGAUGCUGCUGGCAGAGAACUACGUACUCGACAACCUCGUGGUCAAGCCAACAAAGAGGCUUCUGCGGCUGCAGCGGCCGUUGUUCCAGAAGAGAUUGUCACCGGUCGACGAGCUAGGAAACCGGUUGCCAAGUAUGACGGUGUUGUUUCUACUGAUCAGGUCAUGGGAAGGAAGAGAGGCGCAAAUGCUAUGAGCGAGACUCCAGAAGCAGACGAACCAUCAGCCAAGCGAGGUAAAACGACCGGUCGUGGUAGGGGAGGUGCCAGAGGUGGUCGGGGAGGUAGAGGUAGAGGUGGACGUGGCGGAGGACGAGGCGGGCUUGUUGCAAAGCGUCUGCAAGAGCUGCGUGAAGAGAGUGCAGCAGUUUCGGUCACGGCAUCUGAAGAUGAAUUUUCAGGCUCAGACGCAGGUAGUAUGCCACCAGACACGCGCGAAAACAGUCCCGUACUGGAACUUCAGCCUGCUACGGGGACGACCACUCCAGGUCUGGCGGACGAGUCGCAGAUUGAUCCACAGAGCGAGGAUGGACCAUCACUCACGGCUAGCGGGAAAAAGAAGGGACGACCGAAGGGCAGCAAGAACCAUCACAAAAGAUCGGACGCUGGAAUUCCCAAAGGCCCUCGUGUACCAAAAGCUCAGGGCAACGGUACACCUGUUUUUGGGAGCGUCAAUUCUGAUGUACCCAUAAGUGCAGAGACGAGUCUCACGCCUGGCUCUGCUGACAUGACGCCCUUUGCACCGAUCGCCACAGAUGGAGGCCCAAUCGAUCCUAAGCGCAAAAUUCCCCGCAGCGAGAAGCGGUCGAAGAGCAUGGUUGAAUGGUGGGCACGUCGUAAAGCAAAAGAAGCCGAAGACAAAGCUCGCGAGCAAGAGGCGCAAGCUGCAGAACGCCAUCGUGCUGCCGAAGCCCAUGCUCGAUAUAUGUCACAGCACGGUGGUCUAAUUGCUGCACAACAACAAGCUCAGCAGCAGCAACAUCAUCAACAUCAGCAGCAGCAGCAGCACGCACACCAACAACAACAACAACAACAGGCUCAGCAACAUCAGCAGCAGCAAUUCGGUGGUUACACGGGUCCUUAUCCACCAACCGGUGUAUUACCUCCACCAGGUCCACCUCAGCAGAUACCGCAACAUGUACCACAGCACUGGGGAUCCGGUUUCGCGCUACCCGGUCUGCAAGGACCUGGUGGCCUCGUAUGGCAUCAACCAGUCCAUCAUCCAAACCAGAGUCUACCUCCAAUGCAACAACAACCUCCUCCGCCACAGCAACAGCAACAAGGACCGCCACCAGGGCCACAUGGACCACAAGGACCUGAAGGGCAUAGAAGAGAUCAACACGGGUUCGUCAGGAGCUUUUGA